AUGGAAGACAAGAACCAGACAGUAGUGACUGAAUUUCUUUUAUUGGGCCUCACAGAUCAUCCCUAUCAGAAGAUUGUUCUCUUCUUCAUGUUUCUCUUUGUUUAUCUUAUCACCCUGGGAGGUAACUUAGGGAUUAUCACUCUCAUAUGGAUUGAUCCCAGACUCCACACUCCUAUGUACUUUUUUCUUAGCCACUUGUCCUUUGUAGAUAUUUGUUCCUCUUCUUCCGUUGCCCCUAAGAUGCUGUGUAAUAUCUUUGCAGAGAAAAAAGACAUCACUUUUCUGGGUUGUGCUGCACAAAUGUGGUUCUUUGGUCUCUUUGAGGCAACUGAGUGUUUUCUCCUGGCUGCCAUGGCAUAUGACCGGUAUGUGGCCAUCUGCAAGCCCUUGUUGUAUACACUCAUUAUGUCUCAGCAGGUCUGUAGGCAGCUGGUGGUAGGGCCUUAUGCCAUGGCUCUUAUAAGCACCAUGACUCAUACAAUUUUCACUUUUUGCCUACCCUUUUGUGGUUCAAAUAUUAUCAAUCACUUUUUCUGUGAUAUUUUUCCACUGCUUUCCCUAGCAUGUGCAGACACCUGGAUGAAUAAAUUUGUGCUGUUUGUCUUGGCUGGAGCUAUAGGAGUACUCAGUGGUCUGAUCAUCACGGUCUCCUAUAUUUGCAUCCUGAUGACCGUCUUGAAGAUCCAGGCUGCUAAUGGGAAGCAGAAAGCCUUUUCCACCUGUUUUUCUCACCUUGCAGCCGUCUCCAUCCUGUAUGGCACUCUUUUCUUAUAUGUUCGGCCAAGUUCAAGUUCCUCCCUGGGUAUCAAUAAAGUGAUUUCUCUGUUUUAUCCUGUGGUAAUCCCCAUGGUUAACCCCCUUAUUUAUAGCUUGAGGAAUAAGGAGGUGAAAGAUGCAUUCAGAAGAAAAUUUGAAAGGAAAAAAUUUCUUAUAGGGAGGUAA